AUUAACGCCGUUGCCACSGCCAUAAUAUCGAGCGACAAAAUGAUAUUAUCUGUUCGACGGUGAUUGUGCGCGUGAGUCGUCGCGUCCUUCGUCUUCUGCGACAUAUUUCGUUUUUUUUCGUCUUCMACUCAACGAUUUUCGGGCCRCCCGCAGUUCGAUGAUAAUAGCAAUUCACAUUAUAAGUAUUUUAUAUAAUAUUAUUGCAUAACACUACGAUUUUCUAGUGCACUAGUCGCUACGCAUAAAAACCGAUAAAAAAAAAUUAAAACGAUAAUAAUCUYACGAUUGCGCCGCGUCGACAAAUCGAUUUGGGUAUACCGUUUUUUAAUAUUAUCGCAGUGUCAUGAUAACUCCGAUGUCGUCGUUGUCGGAUCGCCGUCGCCUCAGUGCUAGCCACCGGAAGUGACACCCGGAAAUUAUCUCGAACAUGGACGAUAAUAAUACUCGUAUUGUCGUUGUUCCGGCCGUCGUCCGCCGUCGCCACCGCCGCCGUGUCAUCAACUACGCAGGUAUGGCGACUACCGGCUAGCGAUGGUGCCCACGUCGGUAUUGGUGUUCUGCGGCUUGCUGUCGGCCGUCUCCGUGUACCCGGCAUGGUCUGCUAGCGGCCCGGUCAUUCAGCAAUGUCCCACCCACGGCGAGAUUGCACCGUGCGUGUGCACGGUGAAGAAGAAUGGCGGUCUGGACAUACUGUGCGAGUUCACCGACCUGCAGCACAUAUCCAAGACGAUGGCCGUGCUCAAGGGCAAACCGUCGCUGGUCAUAUUCUACCUGAAGCUCCGACACAACAACCUACCCAAGUUGCAGGGUUUUGUGUUCCUGGGCAUGGACAUUCGGCACUUAACCAUACACAACAGUACGCUGGCCGUGGUCGAAGAGUCAUCGCUGAGUUCUAUAGGAAAAGCACUCACCCAAUUAGAUCUGUCUCAGAAUUCAUUAAGCAGCGUACCGACUCCGGCGUUGAAAAGCUUAGAUCGAUUACUGAUAUUUAAUUUAAACCAUAACAAAAUCAACGCCAUCCACGCAAACGCUUUCGAGGGAAUGAGCACGCUAGAGAUUUUGACCUUGUACGAAAAUCGGCUUACUAAUAUCGAAGCCAAUGCAUUCGCCGGCACAGAGAAAAAACUUAAACGAUUGAACAUCGGUGGUAACGAACUGAACCGGGUACCGACCGGUGCUCUACAGACGAUGGACAACUUAAAGAAAUUAGAAAUUCAAGAAAAUAAGAUUACGUCGAUCAGCGAAGGCGAUUUCAUAGGUUUACAAACAUUGGAUAUGCUUAUCCUAGCACACAAUUAUCUCAAACAUAUACCUGCUAAAGUGUUUCGACAUUUACCACUACUAAAUUCGUUAGAGUUGGACGGAAAUCAAAUAUCAAGUAUUGACGAAGAGGCUUUUUUUGGUUUGGAAGAAAAUCUUCAAUAUUUAAGAUUGGGUGACAAUAACUUGCACUCAAUACCUAGCGAAUCGCUCCGUCGUUUGCAUAGACUUCGACACUUAGACCUCAAAGCAAACAACAUAUCACAUAUUGCUGAAGACGCUUUCACUGGUUUUGGCGAUUCAAUCACGUUUUUGAAUUUGCAAAAAAAUGACAUCAAAACUUUACCAAUGAUGGCGUUCGAAAAUUUGAAUUCUUUGGAAAUACUAAACCUGCAAAACAACAAACUGACGCGAGUGCCGGAAGAAGCGCUCGAGGCGAUCGUAGACACCGCAACUGUUAUUGAUAUUAUGGAUAACCCGCUGAUUUGUGACUGUGAUCUGCGCUGGUACAGAGAUUGGCUGAAAGAGUUACGUCACCGGGACGACGACGACAUCAUACAGAAGAAACACAUACUCUGCCUUAUGGAAGAAGAACACAGAGAGUUCAGCGUCUUGAAUUUGCCGGUGGAGAGAAUGAACUGCGUGGGCAAGAAAUACUCGUCGUCGGCCAACGGGAUCGGUGAAACUCGUGUCCUGUCCCGCAUCCUGAUAGUUUUCGUCUUCGCCCUACACCAAUUCAAAUGAACUAUACACACACACACACUCACACAUUAACACACACAUACACACAUUAAAAUACAUACACACACACACCACACACACAUACACUGACAACACACCUGCACACACACGCAAACACGCAUGCACGCGAUCCAUCUAUACAUCUAUUGUACACGUCGUAAUCGUAUAAUGUAAUAUUAUUAUAUUAUUGUAUAUGCCUAAACAGCUAUGACCUGCCGAACUCACGUCGAGAUUGAAUAAAAAAAAAUAAAUAUAUAUCGAGUGUGCCAGUGCUGUACUAGCGUGAUGCAUGAUCCACGCAAAGGCUGUACAAUAUUUUUAUAUAUUAUUAUGAUGAUGGGUACCUACUUCAUCCUGUCAGUUGGGUAUAGGCACCUCUGAAUGUUAAAAAACGCGAGUUAUGACGCGAGCGUCAAAAUGCGUGGCGUCCGAAACUCUCGCAUAAUAUUAUAUUCGUUUGUUCGUUGUCCAUAUUAUUAUUAUUAUUAUUUUUUUUUUUUUUAAA